CCCACACCCACACCCACACCCACCCACACCCACACCCACACCCGUAGAAAGGAUUAUGCCAGGAGAAAUAAUUAUAGCUACGAAUCUAGCAGGACGGGGUACCGAUAUAAAAACGAAUGAGAUUGAAAAAUAUGGUGGUCUUCAUGUUAUUAUCACGUUUAUGCCUCCUAAUAAACGUGUCGAGGAACAAGCAUUCGGGAGAACUGCACGACAAGGUAAACGAGGUAUAGGUCAAAGAAUAUUAAAUACUAAACAUUUAUUGCGUUAUAGUCAUUGUACCGUUGAGACAAUUCUCCAAUCAAGAGAUCUAACCGAAGAAGAUAUGUUAGAGCAUUUUAAAAAACGAGAAUUACAAGUAAUUAAUUUAAAAGAUAAUCUUUUUACUAAAUUUUGUGAUUUAUUAAGAGUUAUACGUAAAGAUAUUAGGGAGAAAACGAGCGGCAUGACAACAUUAAAGGAAAAGGUAAAAAGAAAAUUCCGGCAUGAUCAUCCUUCUGUAUUGGAAUCGAAUUUAAUUCUUAGCAUUGAAGAACGAUGGGCUAUUUUUCUACAUAAAAUUGAUAAUGAAGAAUCGUCUAUUAAUAUUACAAAAAUUUAUCAAGAUUAUGAAAAAUUUAAAAAGGAAAUAAUUGAUGAUUACCAUAACGACUGUGUCAUUAAAAAUCCUUAUUAUCAUAUUAAGAUUGGUUAUGACUUAAUCAUCAAUGAUUCUUUGUUAAGCGAAACCUAUGAAGAAGCUAUGAAACAUUUUGAUCGAGCUAUCGAACUUGAUGAGAAAUAUACAGCAGCUGCAUUUUUUGAUAAAAAGGAAUUUAGUGUUAAAUAUAAGCCAAAAGGAAAAGAUGAAUAUGAAUCAUUGACAAUAACAAAUAAGCAUUUGAUUGAUUAUCUAUCACCUUUACAACAUGAGCAAAUGACAAUACUAGAUAGAAACAAAUAUCCAAGAGUUUAUGCAUUAAUUUAUGAAGCUGUAACAUUGAAAAAUGGAUUGAAGAAAGAAACUGCUACGACUCUUAUUAAAGAAUUACGUAAAAAGAAUCUUAAUUUUAUAUUGAAAUUUAAAAAUUUGACAAAUCAUCAAGCACAACGACUUAUAGAAAUAGCUCCAAUAGAACAAGAAAACAUUCAAAUAACUAAAAAGAAAACUUUAAGUGAAUUAUUCAUGAAUGAAUCAAUGCCUAAAUUAGAACUUUCAGAAUUUUCCGAGCGAGGUAUCGAAUAUUUACUUGAAAUCAAUGAGAAAAGAUUUAUUCCAUGGAGAAGUAUCGCUGUUGUAACUAUGCUUGCUGCUAUUCAGAUGGCAGUAGGUGGAGCAUUAAUAGCUACUGGAGUCGGCGGUACUAUAGGAAUGGGUCUGAUAACUGAAGGACUAGUAGAUUUAGUCAUUGCUGGUACUGCUUUAUAUACUAGAAAGUUUUCUUGGUCAAGUUAUGCACUACAGAAAGGAGUAAGUUUGACUAUAUCAGCAAUUUCUAUGGGGAUUGCAUCAAUAAAAGGCUCGAGUAAAACAGUUCAAAACAUUGCAGUAGGAAUAGGAGACGAAAUAGCUGAACAAGCAAGUACUCAUGCAGUAACACAUGCAACAACACAAAAUCCUUAUGCAUGUAGUAGCAUGACAAUAUUGACUGGUUAUGAUCUACUGGGCAGUAAUAUAAUUUCAAAUUCUUUAGUUAAUUAUACUGCUUGUUGUGUAUGGUGUCAAUCGCAUAGUGGUUUUAUUGCAUAUACAUGGGGUUUACCGGGAGCAAAUUGGGCUGCUAAUAGAUGUUUUUUAAAAAAUGAAAUUCCAUCUAGCGUCGCUAGUUCAGUAUUUGUUAGUGCAUAUUACUAA